GUUCCGGAUUUUAGGUUUGUUUCUUGAAAUCAUCAAAUUUAUUUGUUAAAAGUUUUGUACUGUUCGGGCUGAGUUAUACUUCUCUUGUAGUAAUGGCGGUUACCGCAGAUAUUAGUUUACCUUCAAUCGAAGAACUUACAGUUGAUGAAGUAAAAUUGAGUGGGGUUCCAUUGCGAGCAGCUGCAUUUCAUUUGGGCAAAUAUUGCGAAUGGCCCAACGACGAAUUCAUGCUUUGUCGCAACGAACUGGAUGAUCCCCGUAAAUGCAUAUCCGAAGAUUACUGGUAGCAGCAUGCACUAUCUACAGUGUGUCGUGUGAAGACUACGAGUACGAUGACGAAAUUUCUGCCCCAGCGCCCCCUCAAAAGGUGGCCCCACCGGCCCCUAGGGGCUUGCCCUCGGCCCUGCAGAGGUCGGCCCGAGGUCCGGUCAUUGGCCGGCCACAGCCCAAGUCAUUGACAAAGUCGACAACGACCACGGCUCAGCCGGAACCGCCGGCCGCAGAGGAGUACGACGAAGAAGACCAGUCGCUAGUCGAAGAAGACAACGAGUCGCAGUCGCAGACAACCACGACCGAGGCGCCCAAGAAGGGCAAGGGCGGUCUCAAGGGCGGUGUGGUGCGGCCCUUCCGUAGCAACACGGAUCUCCUGGAGACGCUGAAAAGACGUCGCGCCCAAGUCGGCUCCAACCACGGACAGGUCGUCUCAACAACCACCACUCAACCCACCCCCACUCCGUCCUCCGACAAAACUUACAAGUCCAACAGCAAUGGACGAAGGAACAAGAUCGCAGAUCAAACAGGCAGCGACUCGAAUCGCAAAUCGGCAACUACGCAGUCGCAACCUGGAGCUUCCAGGCGAUUCUCACCGCGCGGCCAGGCCAGCGUCUCCCAAGAAGUGGCGACAUCUAGCGAGGAAGCACAAACCACCAGAUCGGCCAGGCUAUUCGCAGGACGCGGCCGCAAGUUCUAAACGCAGUAUUCUGUCGCCGACGUCUAGAUGAAUGCAUUCCAUAGUGAGAUUCACGUUAUGAAGUCAGUGGAAAAGAUAGGGCUACAGGGGUGCCGAUUCUCAGCUUCUAUUUUACUCACCACUGCCUUCUAGAUAGUGGUGAUUCAAGUCAACCCGGUAUAUCUGAUAUAUCAAUUUUUUAUAAUUCUUGUUGAUAGAUGGGCACGUUAAAUGUCCCGGCUGAUAUAUGACAGUCUCGAGGUCCAUUCACGGCUUGAAUCUUAUAUUCAUGUGAGAUGGAACCUCCGUCAGGGACUUCACACCAAUAAAACCAUACGAUUAUUAGGGCCAGACCACAUCAUGCGUUUUUUAGCCGGUCAACCCAAUCAAUUAAUCGGAGAUCUUCCUGCCCUGCCGACUCUAAAUACCCCCAAAAACGCCUACUAUGGUCUGGCCCUUAUUAUUUACAGUCAACUCUAACUUAUACUAUAUAUACUAUGUAUACAUAGUAUAUAGAAUAUAUUUUAUUAUACAAGAAAAUGUUUUAUUUUCUCAAGAUUUAAUAAUAUAUUUUUAUAAUUGGGGUAAAAUAUUUUGGUAGUUCAUUAUAUCUUUUCAUAGCACACACACACGAUUUGGCAACGGUGCGGAGUUGGAAUAGGAUGGAGCUAUCUGCUUUGUACAAUGACAAAGAAGGAUAGCAAACCAAUGUUAAUCAGGUGCUCACUUUAUAGCGUUAAUCUCACUAUAGUAUCAUUACUUAGAUAAGUGGUCCUUUAUAUACGUGAUAGACAGACGUCUAGCGAUAAUCAAAAUAGACUAUAUUAACUUUUCCUUACAGAGCUACUACUAUUGUUAGAAUGAAAUAAGAAUUCUCAAGUAUCUAUUUCUGGGUAGUUAGGAAUUUUUAUUUCGUUCCAUAAAAUAGACUAUUAUUCAAUCGAUCUUAAAUAUGUAACAGUGUGUGGACUUGAUAUUGAAAUAUUGUUAAGGUCUCUUUCUUCUAUAGGUUUCUAUAGGGAACACAUAUUAGAAAUUAGGAAGCAAUGUUGUAUUUGCUUUUUGGAAUGUAUUGUAUUGUUUUUUAAAUAAAGAUUUGAAGAAGGUACUGCUCAAAGAUAGCUUACAGUGAUGUCCACGUUAUAAUGGCAGUAUUUGAUUAACAUUGGUGUUGCUAUCCUUUUCUAGCUCCGCAACGUUUCCAGAUAGUUUUUAACCAUGUAUAGAUAUAAUUAACUAACAAAAUAUUUUACCUCAAUCAUGAAAAUUUAUUAUUUCCUCAGCAUUAUAUAAUAUUAUUUAAAACAAGAAUCAACAGUUGAUAUUACAUCAGAUAUGCCUUUAUCAGCUAUCCACUAUAGAAGACAGUGGCAACACUGUUAUCCUAUCUUUCUCCACUGCCAUUUUAACGUGAACAUCACUAUACUUGGUUAUACCAUAGCAUAGAGUAGAAUGCUUGCGGGAAUCUAGCUGGUUGCAAAAAACUGUUAAAUUUUAUGAUUAAAAUACCACGAGAACCAAUCAGACAAUCCAAUCAAGCUUUGUAGAAAGAAGAUUUGUUCUCUUAAAAUUUAAUAAUGAUUAGAACUCAACAGCCUUUUUUGCGACAGAGCCAUAAAGUUUGAUAAAAAUGCUGGAAAUCGUCAUCCUUUUUAGAAAGAAAAAUCGUUAUCAAUAAUUUUAAUUAUAAAAUUAUUCUAGAGCUAUAAACGAUACUCUCAACCCGAUGGAUAAUUUUCAAACCAGUGAAAAAUUACAAUAUUUUAUCAACUAUUCCUUCAAAAACUGAAUUGUAUAUGCCUAGUGUACCAAGUAGAUAAAUCACUAUUGUGUGAAAGCUAUAAAUUAAUUUAAAAAAAACCUAUAAAAUGAUAUGAAAUUUCCA